AUGAUCCUCGUUGCCCCCGGUGUUCCUCUCGCUCUUCUGGCGCACCGGGCUGGCGGCAGCAUCGCCAGCGUGCGGCCCCAGCUUCACCCUUCGGUGCUACCGGCAGGCACUCAAACACGCCUCAUCGACUUGAACUUUCAAGAGCGGAGGAGCGAGGCGUUCGCCGCCAUCGCCAUCCAUCCCGUUGGCCAACCUGGGCUUAACAACGCGCCGGGAUUCCCGAAGGCCCGCGCCUCCACGACCAAUCGCCUCGGCCUGGAAUCCAACCUGCCUUCGGACGAUAAGCAGGUGGCCAACGCCGAGGACGAUGUCCCCGCGCACCCUCCGCCGUUCUGCAUCGUGCCAACCCAAACGACUGCGGAACCCGCCGCGGAACCUGCUGCGGAACGUGCCGUGGAACCGGCUGCGGAAACCGCUGCGGAACCCGCUGCGGAACCUGCUGCGGAACCUGCGGAACAGCUCUCAACGGAGGGAGUUGAAGUCCUCCAGGAAGGCAGCGGUGGCUCGGCCGACGUCGAGACGUACGUGCAGACCACGCAUGAGUUCAACGGAAACGGAGGGGGGUUCGUUGCACCCCUGGGUGGCGGCACCUCAGUGGAUUCGGCGAAGGGCUUGGAGGGGGGCGAGGCAUUCUUCGCUACGGGGGGUGCCGACGCAAGGAUGGAGCACCAGCAGCACCAACACCCGCCUGACUGGAUGAGGGCCUUCGAACGAUUCCGCCCCAGGACUAGCGGCCGCAAGCUCCUAGGCAUGGCCAAGGCCUCCGCCGGCAGCGGUGGCGUUGUCCGACGGUUCAUGACCAAGGGCUUGGAGAAACUGCACGCCCACGUCGCGGACACCGCCACGGCGUCGGUAUUGAUCGGAUGUGCCAGCCUCCGCUUCGGAAGCAAGGCCGUGCUGCUGCUUACCCUCGUGGCGGGGGGCGUGCGGUCGGCUGCGGCUGCCAACACCACGACGACGAGAACCGUGGGGACCCAGACCAACACGACCUCGAGCAUCGAAGGCAUCAACUCAGGAGGUUGGACUUGCCGUCCCGGGGAUGCGGACUGCCUUUCCGACGACACCGACGAGAAAACAUGGACGUGGUUCGAGGUCAUCACGGACGUCCUGGCGCUUACAACGGUGCUCCGGUUCCUCUGGAUCUCCGCCGUCUGGCUCGGAGGCACGACAACGACCUGCGUCAUGUGGGCUAGGACCAGGAGGAGCAGGAGCACGAGAGCGUCGGUCUCGCCCUUAAUCCCCACUGCAGACGCCGUCGUCGUCGCCGUCGCCGUCGCCGCUACGGCCGCCCCGGUGAUUGCCGCACCUCCGACCGCGGCGGCGGCGUCUACGGCAUCUACGGCGCCCGUAGCAGCAGCGCCUGCGACGGCGGCCACGCCCAACACCGCCGGUACCGCGGCUCCGGCGGGGGAGGAGGCGGCGGCAUCGGCAUCGGCAACGUCUUCUUCGGCCGAACCCGCCUCCGUGCCGGUGCUCCGGCGCGCGCGGUCCUACGUCGAGCGCAUCGUGUCCAACCUGACGGAGACGGCGAUGGUCGUCGGCGAGGCCGCCUCCAACGUGGGCGACGCUGCUCUGGAGUUGGUGGUGGUGGUGCGCCCGGCGGAGGCGGAGGCGGCGGCGGAGGCGGAGGCGGAGGCGGAGGCGGAGGCGGAGGCGGAGGCGGAGGCGGUGGCGGAGGCGGAGGCGGUGGCGGAGGCGGAGGCGGUGGGGUAUCCGUUCGCGGUGUCCAACACGUCCGUUGCUGCUACCACCACCGUCGUCGCCGCUUCCCCUGUCGUGGCCGCAUCUCAGGAACCGGCGGCGUCUACGGCGUCCGCGACGGCGGCAACCCCUUCGACGGCCGUGCCUAACACUACCGCCUACGAUGCUGUCGCGGUACCGGCGGCGGCGGAGGGGGAGGUGGCCGGUUCCUCGGCCGAACCCGCCGCCGCCGCCGCCGCCGCCGCCGGGGUGGGCCGGCCGCCCGUGCUCCUGCGCUCGCUAUCCUACUUAGACCGCAUGGUGUCCAACCUGACGGAGGCCGUCUCUGCCGUCAGCGAAGCCGUCUCCAACGUUGGCAACGCCGCCUCCAACCUGGGCAACGCGCUGGACAUGGUGUAGGCCGCCGGCAUCGAUUGCACACACCUCCGAUGCACCUCCGCGGUUGCGGUGGUGUCGCGGUUGCGUGCGUGCUUGGGGGGUCGGUAGGGUGAUUGUGUGUAGACCGUCGUGGUAUCGAAAGCGCCGCAAGGGACCGGGGGAAAGGGCGCGGAACAAUUCAGGCGGUUCUUGUUGGUGAGAAGAAAUUGAGGUGCCGCCGCCGGUGCUGCUGUAGCGUGUGCGAUUGUUGUUGUGCGUGUCGAAUUGUGAGUUGCCACUGCCGGUGCUGCUGUAGCGUGUGCGAUUGUUGUUGUGCGCGUCGAAUCGUGAGGUGCCACCGCCGGUGCUGCUGUGGCGUGUGGUUGUUGUUGUGCGGGUCGAAUCGUGUGGUGAGCGUUUCUCGAGAUGGGUGACGGUGUGGACCGGCCGGGGCACGUAUCUACCAUCACCGGUGCCGUACCGCUCUUGUUUUUUUUUUGUUGUGUUGAUGAACGUUUGUCAUCGUGGUGUGUUUCCUUCCUUCCCUUGGCGCACAUGCUGUGCUGGGGAAGCAGCAGAGCAUCGCACAACAUUCGCGAGAAGACACGGCGUUUCGUUUCUGUUGUAGGAAUUUUGUGCACAGUGCGCGGCUCGAACGGGGUGUCGGGAGUGAUCACUUUCGUUCUUUGGUGGGCGCGCUUUUUUUUUUUUCUGGGGGGGGGGGGG